ACCCCCUAGAAUAGUAUAACGCACCACGAGUCAAUAGAAGCUUUUGCAUACAUCGACGCCAAAACUCUCUUCACCGGAAAACGAUUUUAACUCACCGGAGAUCUUAUCAGAAUGAGUAACGCGCUUCUCGACAUCGAUCCUAUCGAUCUUCAAUUCCCUUUUGAAUUGAAGAAACAGAUCUCUUGCUCUCUCUAUUUAGCUAACAAAACCGACGAUUACGUCGCCUUCAAGGUAAAAACGACGAAUCCGAAGAAGUAUUGUGUGAGGCCUAACACUGGCGUUGUGCUUCCCAGAUCCUCUUCUGAAGUUCUAGUGACGAUGCAAGCGCAAAAGGAAGCUCCAGGUGAUAUGCAGUGCAAGGACAAGUUCUUGCUUCAGUGUGUUGUCUCUACUCCUGGAGUCACUCCCAAGGAUGUUACUCCUGAGAUGUUUAGUAAAGAGGCAGGGCAUCGAGUUGAGGAGACUAAAUUGAGAGUUGUCUACGUUGAUCCACCUCGUCCACCGUCCCCGGUGCGUGAAGAAGGGUCUGAAGAGGGCUCUUCGCCUAGAGCUUCUGUCUCUGACAAUGGGGCUUCUGAUUUUACUGCUGCUCCAAGAUUUAGCGUGGACAGGGUUGAACCUCAGGAAAACUCAUCAGAGGCGAGAGCUCUCAUCACAAGGCUCACGGAGGAAAAGAACUCUGCGAUUCAACUGAACAACAGACAUCAACAAGAAUUGGAGAAGUUGAAGCGUGAAAGCAAGAGAAGUCAGAGUGGUGGUGGAAUCCCGUUCAUGUACGUUCUUCUGGUGGGACUAAUCGGCUUAAUCUUGGGAUACAUUAUGAAGAGGACAUGAUCUCAGUUUGAAAGACACAAUCCACAAAGUCUCAGAAGUGGCUUCAGCAAGAACCCAAAUGACAUGAAAAAGGAAAAGAAAAAAAAUCAAUAUUGUGUCAGGACACUGAUUUGAUUGAAUGUUCUCUCUUGUCUUAUCGGUUUGUCCAUUCACCCUUGGUUAAAUCUUAAACUUAGUGUGUUAAGAGUAUUGUAUUACGGUUUUCAUAUCCCUCUUUUAAAAACUUUUGUAAUCCAAGAGAUCAUUUGUUUAUGUGUGUUCUAUUGAAUAA